AUGCUACAUGUGGAGCUCAUUAAAAAAGACGAAUGUGGUGAAGGAAAUGUGAAAGAGGGACUCGAAGUUGAAGAAAACGAAGAAUGCAACAAAGAAAAUGAUGGAAUCAUUCGAGACAAGUAUUUCGACGUUAACAUGGAAGCAUCAGAGCUUUAUGAUGCUGGUUCAGCACCAGGUUGUGAGGGUGAUCGUAUAGACAAGCCUACACUUAAGGAGCACCCUCGCCGAGAAACAUCAGCAUCUGCCCCAACUCCGGAUCAAGAGAUUCUGUAUCUAGAUAUGGUUGAGGUGGAUCACUGUGAACCGCUAGUUGUCGACGACACUUGUAUGUCUUAUAGCUUUGAUGACAGUAUGAGAAUUGCAAUCGGUCAAGAAUUUGCGAGCAAGACUGAGGUGAAGAAUUUGUUGAUCAAUGCUUCGUUGAAAGCUUAUUUUGAUUAUAACAUUGUCAAGUCGACAACGAAAUUGUUUGUCGCAAAAUGUGUAGUGUCAGAUUGUAAGUGGGCACUGCGAGCAGUGAGGAUCAAUAACUUGGAUCGUUUCUCCCUACGAACAUACUACAACAUCCGUACUUGUUCUUCUAGUUUGGUUGAUAAAAAGAUCCGACAAGCGACUUCAGAGUUAGUUACAUAUAUGUUAAGGAAAAGGUUUCCAAGCCAAAUUGACACGCCAACCCCAAUUAAAGUGAUGAACAUGAUGGAAAACCAUGGUGUUACAAUAAGCUACUUCAAAGCAUGGAAGGGCAAACAUAUCACCGUAAAUGAUAUUAGGGGUGCAUCGGAGCUCAGCUUUGGUAUGCUUCCUAAUUAUUUGCACAUGCUGAAGGUAAUAAAUCCCGGCACAGUCACACAUUUGGUGGUUGAAAGAGAUGAAAAGUUUAAGUACAUUUUCAUUGCGUUGGGGGCAUCUAUUAAGGGUUUCAAGGCAAUGAUGAAGGUAAUUGCAGUUGAUGGAACUUUUUUAAAGAUUGAAUAUAAGGGAACAUUGAUUAUAGCCACCGCCCAAGACGACAACUACCAUCAGUAUCCUCUUGCUUAG